GGUGGAUAAAGUUCGUCUCCACGUUGGAAGUGAUAGAAAGUAUUAUCCCUGUUCAGGCUGUUUCUGCUUUUUGGGGAGGAGGAUCAAUCAAAGCGGAUACCUGAGGUGUGAAAACACGGAGGCUCGGCUGCGGCGGAAUAACAUCUUUUUGAUGAUCGCGCGGUUCGUAAAAGUUUUCGCAGGACGCGAAGUUGUCAAGUGAGUUGAACUUCAACAAUAGGCGGACUCUAUCACAAGACAGUCGAGAGACAGGGAGUCUCAGGACACAUGUAAACAGUCGAUUUUGGACUUUUUCUUUUUUAAUAACAACGGACAAAAGACUUAAUAAAAAAAUUACUUUAUGUCCAGAAAAAUGGAAGCGACCUUUUACGACGAAUCGGUGAGUGCGUCCAGCUCUCAGCAUGACGCACAGACAGUGUUUGGCUUUAACCCCAAAACUCUCAAACAGACCAUGACGCUAAACCUAAACGACCCGAAAAACUUCAAACCCCAGCUGAGCGCCAAGGCCCUGGACAUCCUCACGUCUCCUGAUGUGGGCUUACUGAAGCUGGCCUCGCCUGAACUGGAACGGCUGAUCAUCCAGUCCUGCAGCGGGCUCACAACUCCCACCCCGACCCAGUUCGUGUGUCCCAAAAACAUCACCGACGAGCAGGAGGGCUUCGCGGAGGGGUUUGUGCGGGCACUGGCUGAGCUCCACUACCACCAGCAGACACCCGCCGUCCUCCCUGACGCGCAGACCAGCAGCAUGGCAUCCGGCUCUGCUGCGUCCGAGAGCGGCCCCUACAGCUGCACGGUGCGCACGGACCCUCCAGAGUACACAAACUUGGGGGCUUUCAGCCGGGCCGUUGGCUCUGCACCUGCCACCGACAGACACCCACCUAUAAGUUACCCAGUCGCCCCGCAGCACAUGGACCAGCACCUCGCGGCGGCGCAGCACUCACGGCUCCACGCGCUCAAAGAGGAGCCGCAGACGGUGCCCGAGAUGUCCGGCGACACUCCUCCGCUCUCCCCCAUCAACAUGGAGAACCAGGAGCGCAUCAAAGCGGAGAGGAAGCGCAUGAGGAACAGAGUGGCCGCGUCCAAGUGCCGGAAAAGGAAGCUGGAGAGGAUCUCACGUUUGGAAGACAGGGUCAAAAACCUCAAGAGCCAAAACACGGAGUUGGUUUCCUCCGCCAACGUGCUCCGGGACGAGCUGGCUCUGCUCAAGCAAAAGGUCAUGGACCACGUUAACAGCGGCUGCCAGCUCAUCUUGACGCAGCAGCUCCAGGCGUACUAGACUGCCAAGGGACAAGAACCAAGGGACAUUUCUUGGGGACCAAAUGCAGCUUAAAAAAGUGGCCGUGCGGGGGAGUCCCUGCGCAACUUUUCCACCAAAUCAUCCGCUCAGGCUGAAGUUUCUGCAGACAAAGAACAAGAAUGGAGACUGACAAGAUACUUUGUGCAAUGACUGCAUUACUGUGCAAAGGUUUUAGGCUACCAGACUAGUUUUGUUUCAGCAAAGCUGUAAUGAGAAUACAUUAAUGUUUAUUUCUCAGUCUCUUUAUUAAGACACAAACAAAGAAUAGGCUACAGAAAAUAUGUACAGUGCAUUAAGACACCAAAAAAUGUCAGAUCAAUAUGGCUUCUUCAAAAAAGAUAGCUCAAUCAGUAUUGAGCUUUGUCUCAAAUUCAACUUGGUGCAAAUACACCAAAAUAUUAUUACUGUAAAUCCCAUAUUGUGUGUUCAAGACAUGCUUGGUGGAGAGGUCACACUAAAUACUUGCAACUUUAGCCAUUUAAAGUUGCUGUAUUCUGAAAUAUUUACGUUUUAAUACUGUAUACAUAGUUCAUAUAUGUUCUGGUUGAACUGAUAAAGAGACUAGUGAGAAAUAAAUAUCUAUGAUCAUUAUAAUCUUGCUAAAAUAAUAAAGUUUUAGGUGAUCUAAUACUUAUGGACAGGACUGUAUUUAAGAGUAGAGGCCACUAAACCCACUGCACAGAUGGACAAAGCUCAGAGGAAACCUCUCUGAUGUGACUUGUUAUAUUUCUGGCAUUUUGUUUUUUAAAUAUUUGUUUUAUUUGUUUUUUCACUCAAAGAAAGCGCAGAAAUAUGUAUUCAGUCAAGCCAAGGUAGCAUGUAUCCACACCUUCAGCUAAUUUUAAGUUAAGUCCCAUGCAUCCUGACAGACACCCAGAGCCUGCGUGGGAUCAAAUUGCAAAUGGACAGAAACACAAUGUGAACGAGGCGCUGCCCUGCAAAUCUUCCACUAUCAAGCAGCAACAUGAGUCAAGCACUGAGUAUCCCACCAGCGACUAUACAGUCUGUACAGAGUAACACUAACCAACAUUAAGUCUCACACCUUUCAGCAAGGACUCUAUAGGUGUGUGUAGCGUUUACUGACAAAACGGCCUUACUUUCUUAACCCUUUUGUUCAUACAACUUUGUGAUAAAGGUGUAACUAAAGUUAGACCUGAAAUAACACUUUGUAAUAUUUGUACGCUGUCAUUUUUGAGCACUUCAGAACUGUAAAUAUGACGAAAUAAAACGUUGGACACG